GGCGUCCAUCAGUUCCUCCAGAAAGAAAACGACACACUUUUCUUUUCCCCACUCGCCAGGACACCAAGCGAGGGACUCUGAUAUGGCUGCGUGAGGAUUUAUCAUCUCUUCACGUAUAAGCGUCAACUGAAGACGGCAUGGCCCUGUGAAACGUCUACUCGCAGCAUCAUCACCCGGACCGGACGCUGCGGUCGUUCGUCAUGGAGGCCGACUUGUCCGAGUUGUCUGCGUCCCUUCGCAAGGAGGACGCCGGUUCCAGCGAGGCGGAGGAUCCAGGUACGACCCAUCAAAGUCUCAAGACUCAAGAGGAAGCCUCACUGUCUGCUUCGGUCAUGGCAGAGGAGAGCACCGAGUUCAUCCAGCUCGGCCGCACCGACUCGUCCCUGGCGAGUGACUUCCUGCCCAAGGCUGGCAAGUCGGCGUUGAACCGGCCUGCGGAGAACUCGUCCCCCUCCUCGGCCUCCGCUGGACGCCGCAAUAAAACGCUGGCCCGCCGGACCUCGCCACCUGGCUUCCUACCGCGACUAGGCGUGCCCAGUAGGAAGUACCUGGCGCUAAUCCUGCAGGACUCUCGGUGCUUCCUGUUCUGCAUGUGCUACCUGACGUUCAUCCAGUCCCUGAUGGUAUCGGGCUACCUGAGCAGCGUGAUCACGACCAUCGAGAAACGUUACAGUCUCCGCAGCUCUGAGUCGGGUCUCCUCGUCAGCUGCUUUGACAUCGGCAGCCUCCUGGUCGUGGUGUUCAUCAGCUACUUCGGGGGCAGGGGGCAGAGGCCUCGCUGGCUGGCGGUGGGCGGCGUCUUCAUCGCAGUGGGUGCCGCCCUUUUCUCAUUGCCGCACUUCAUCUCGCCCGCCUACCAGAUCCAGGAGGUCAACUCGUCGUCGGCCAACGAGGGUCUGUGCUUUAGCGUCAACGCCAGCCGCAGAGACCGCGUGGGCAUGGCGUCCUGCCCGCGGGACCAAGAGGGCAACGAGCACAACCUGUAUGUGGCACUCUUCAUUGUUGCGCAGAUCCUGGUGGGCAUGGGCUCCACCCCCAUUUACACUCUGGGGCCGACCUACCUGGAUGACAACGUCAAGAAGGAGAACGCCUCGCUCUACCUAGCCAUCAUGUACGUGAUGGGCGCUUUGGGCCCGGCGGCGGGCUACCUGCUGGGCGGUGUCCUCAUUGGCUUCUAUGUGGAUCCCAAGACAGUGGUUAACAUCGACCAGAGCGAUCCCCGCUUUAUCGGAAACUGGUGGAGCGGCUUCCUGCUGUGCGCGGUGGCCAUGCUGCUGGUCAUCUUCCCCAUGUUUACGUUCCCGAAGAAGCUGCCACCGCGACACAAGAAGAAGAAGAGGAGGAAAAAACUGAGCUUGGAUGACAUGUCCAGCGAUGAUGACGUCCGAAAGGAAAAGAGCAACAACAACAAAGCCGUCACCUCCUCCAUGGGGUUCGGAAAGGACAUUAAAGACCUUCCCAAAGCAGCCGUGAGGAUCCUGAGCAACGUGACCUUCCUAUUCGUCAGUUUGUCCUACACAGCCGAGAGCGCCAUCGUCACCGCCUUCAUCACCUUCAUCCCAAAGUUCAUCGAGUCGCAGUUUGGCAUCCCCGCAUCCAGUGCCAGCAUCUAUACAGGCGUGAUCAUCGUGCCGAGCGCAGGCGUGGGCAUCGUGCUGGGCGGCUACAUCAUCAAGAAGCUGAAACUGGGCGCCCGCGAGUCGGCCAAGCUGGCCAUGAUCUGCAGCGGCGUGUCCCUGCUCUGCUUCUCCACGCUCUUCAUUGUGGGCUGCGAGAGCAUCAACUUGGGCGGCAUCAACAUACCCUACACCACUGGGCCAACGCUAACAAUGACGCAGAGGAACUUGACGGGCAGCUGCAACGUCAACUGCGGCUGCAGAAUCCACGAGUACGCUCCCGUCUGCGGCUCUGACGGCAUCACCUAUUUUAACCCCUGCUUGGCCGGGUGCAGCAGCGUCGCCAACGACAGCAGCGGCAUCCGCAACUACUCGGAGUGCGCGUGCGUGCAGAGCCGUCAGGUAAUCACGCCGUCGUCGGGAGGGCCGGGCAGCAACCAGCUGCAGCUGGUCAUUGUCAAGACGUACCUGAACGAGAACGGAUACGCCGUGUCGGGGAAGUGCGACCGCACCUGCAGCACGCUCAUCCCCUUCCUCGUCUUCCUCUUCAUCGUCACGCUCAUCACAGCCUGCGCUCAGCCUUCCGCCAUCAUCGUCACGCUCAGGUCAGUGGCCGAGCAGGAGCGACCGUUUGCAUUGGGAAUGCAGUUUGUUCUGCUCAGGACGCUUGCGUACAUCCCGACGCCCAUCUACUUCGGCGCCGUGAUCGACACCACAUGCAUGCUGUGGCAGCAGGACUGCGGCGUGCACGGCUCGUGCUGGGAGUACGACGUCACCUCCUUGCGCUUUGUUUACUUCGGCCUGGCCGCCAGCCUCAAGUUCCUGGGCUUCCUGUUCAUCUUCCUCACCUGGUACUCCAUCAAGUAUAAGGAGGAGCGGGUGGAGCGCUGGCUCAAGCGCCACCUCUCUCCUGCCGAUACGGUGGGCAGCCUCGUGUGCCACCCUGGGGGCCACAAGGGCCACGCCCGCACCCGGUCCUGCCCCGUCAACAUCCCCCGCAGCGAGCACGCGGCGCCACCCCCCACCUGCGUGCCGCCCCGCGCCGGUGCCCUCAACCGCGGUGUCAGCACCCAGAGUUGCCCCGGGAACGAGUUUAAAGCAAUAACGCCGCCACCGCCGUCUGCCCCAACCGCACCGGCGCGCUCCCUGGAGCAGGUGGCGGUGCGUGUUUGACUGUCGGCCAAUCAAAUGCGGACUUUAGAAUGACGGCGUGGACGCUGAGUUGGCAAUAUGCUGAGCCAACACGAACAUCAUGGUCAGCUGACAUUUUAUGUUGGCACGGUGCCAAACAAAAAAAAACAAAAAAACAAAAAAACACCCACCAAACCGCUCCCACCUGGACUCGGCCCUCAGUCACCUUGACGACACAAAUAUGCACACGUGGACAUGUGACACACCAGGACACCCACGGCAUGGUGCUACACAACAGUACCACAUUUUUAGCACCUCACUGCUGUGUAAGGGCACCUAAAGGGUAAAGCAGUUUGCUUAACUCGGUACCAAAGUGACCGUAACACUUUAUGGCACCCACUUUAGUACACUGGACCCAAUUUGUUUGAAUUUCCAUGGGCACAUGUUGCAAGGGGUUCCAAAGGAUCUGUACCAUUUUUUAUUUUUUCGGCACACUUCUUCAGUGGAAUUACAUUGGUUGCAUUUCACGUAGAAAAAGUACAAAACGAAGGGUACACGCAGCGUAGAUGUUCCAGUUUUUGCCACCCUCCCUCGGUGUUGUGGUACCUAAAAACAAGAAGCUACACAGUUUGGUUCACUUUGGUAUCCCUCAAACAUUAAAAAAAUAAUAAUAAUGUCAUUCCAAAGGUCACUUUUUGGCACCCUACUGCAGUGUUGGGGUACUUAAACAAUGGAGCUAGAUACACUUUGAUUCACUCUGGAAUUUGUUUUCAUUUCCAAGGUCAAAAGUUAAGUGGAGUACCAAAGGAGCUAGCUGUAGUACUUUUUGGUGACCUCCCUCAGUCUUUCGGUACCUAGUGGAAAGGACUAGACACUUUGCGUUUACAUUUUUUGCAUUUCCGUUGUCAAAAGUACAAAUGGAAGGCUACAAGCGUAGCUGUACCUUUUGGGCCACAAGUUCUUGUUGUUAUAGUACCUAAAACAAGGAGCUACAGUGCUUGGUUCACUUUGGUACACUUCGCAACUUUGACAAUGGAUAUUUAGUAACCACACCACUUUUUUGGCACCCUUUCAACCAUGCUAGGAUACCCAAAGGACGGGGCUGGUUCACUUCGGCGUCGCGAAGGGUACCAAAGUGUCAGUUUUUGACACCCUAUUGCAGUAUUAUGGUACCUAAAGGGCAGAACUUCACACGGUUUGGUUCUCUUUGUUAUUUCAUUUUGCGGAAUUUUCCUUGUACUGUUCCACAGUAAUCAUUUCACGUUUUGCCCCCCUUUCAGAGUGUUAAGGUACCGAAAGGGCGGAGCUGCACACUUCGGUUCACUUUGGUACCCUUCACAACGGAAAUAAAGUGACUGUACCACUUUCUUUUUGGCACCCCACCGCAGCGGAAGAGACCGUGAAGGGGGGUGGGGGGGUCGGAUGGCUCAUCAGCCAAUCACGUAGUAGAUGAUGUCAUCGGCUGAUUAGCUUCCCCAAUGAUCGGAUGAAACGAUGGACUGAUCAAAUGUUAGCCAGUUAGCACCACAAACGUCAUGAAGACAAACAAUUCUGACACUUAAACGCUAACGAAACCCACGAAGAUGAUGUGAACUCAUUUUAUUUGGAGUUAGAACACGCACUCGCCGGAUGGCAACUUAGGAAGUCGCUAGCGUCGCUUAUAAAUUGCGCCAAAUAUGGAAGGAGCGUGUGCAAACUACGUAAGGAGUGUGUGUGUGACUAACUAAGUUGCGCGUAAGAGAUACAUGAUUGUGUGUAACUGACUCAGUUCCAUGUCGAGGUGCAUACGUUGUGUGUGUGUGUGUGUGUGUGACCCACGAAAGGAACAUGUGCAACUUACUGAAUUUUGCACAUGAGAUACAGUCCCGUGAAAAAGUUUUGGCCCCCUUCUCAAAUUCUUAGUUUUUUGGCAUAGUUUUGCCACUUUUUGCCUUGGAACUCUGGAACUCAUGGAUGCCAUUUUUGUGGAGUCAUGAACACUGACCUUAAAAUAGGCAAGUGAGGCCGGCAGAUCUUUAGAUCUUGUCCUGGGUUACUUUGUGACCUCCUAGGUGAGUCGUCACCGUGUUCUUGAGGUCAUUUUUGUAGGCCGGCCACUCCUAGGACGGUUUACCACUGUUCCAUGUUCUCAUUAUUCUCUUUGAGAAUAAUGACCUCUCACUGUUGUUCGCUGGAAUCCUAAUGUUUUAGAAAUGGCUUUGUAACCCUUUCCAGACUGAUAGAUGUCAGUUACUUUGUUUCUCAUCUGUUCUUGAAUUUCUUUGGAUCGUGGCCUUUUGUUGCAGCUUUCUGAAAUCUUUGGCCGACUUCAUUUUGUCAAACAGAUUCUACUUAAGUGAUUUCUCUGAUUAGCCAGAAUUAAUUCUCGAUUUAACAUGGGAGUCCCAUUACGUUUUCACACAGGGUCAGGUAGCUUUGAAAAUAUAUAUAUUUUUUCUUAAUACAUAAAAUCACCAUUUAAAAAAAGCAUUUCAUGUUCACUUGAGUAAUCUUUGUCGGAUAUUUGCAUUUAUUUGACGGUCUUGAACUUUAAAGUGGGGAAACUAUGGAAAAAUAGAAGAAUUAGAGAAGCGGGCCAAUAAUUUUUAAAGGCACUGUAUUAUAAUAAGGGUGUGCAAUUUACAAAGUUGCGUGUGCGAGAUAUGUAAAGCACGUGUUCUAGCUGGCACACACACAAAAAAAAAAAAAACGUCCAUGUCAUCUUUUGAGUCCCACAGAAAUAUUUUUUUUUUGUAUCACUUACUAAUGGCAGAUGAACUUUCUCACACACACACGACAGUACACACUCGUCUGUCUCCAUGACAAGGUCACAUGACGUUCGGGCGCAAUGCAUUGUGGGGGACGCUCAAGCUGUUAGCGUCCCAGAACGUUUUUUUCCCCCUUUUUUUUUAAAGGAACACUGAUGAACACUGAUUUUCAGCCUGUCAUUCACAUCAAUACAUUAACUCUUGCGUGGGGCAAUGUGAGCAGAUGACCAGCAAACAGGAAACUGCUGGUGUCACCUGAUCACAGCUUCUCCGUUGAUUGGUUGUGAAGUUUUAAGUGUCGCCUGCUGAUGACAUCUGGAACUGCAAGUGACAACCAAAAGGAUUUCCGCCACAAUGAGCCUCCCUGAGUCGUGACAGCCAGGUCGGAUUAAAAAAUAAUAAUUAUAAUCACAGUAUUUUUGUUUGUUUUCCGAGGUUACCUCACCGGCACACCGCGUUGACGUCUGUGCGUCAAAAAUGUGAACAAAAGAAAGAAUAAUAGUAGUAAUAAAAACUC